UCUGCUCUCCGUCAGUCCAGCACCGGGCACUGAGGUCGAGCAGCUUCAGCACCGCUCCAGCUCCAGCUCCAGCAACAGCUCCAGCUCCGCCAUGGCCCUGACCGCAGACCCGGCCUUCCAGAAGCUGCAGACCUGGUUCUCCUCCCAGGGCAAGAGCCUCAACAUGCGGGAGCUGUUCGAGGCAGACCCGCAGCGCUUCAGCUGCUUCAGCACCGUCCUCCAGACGGACGAUGGAGACAUCCUGGUGGACUACUCCAAGAACCUGAUCACCCCGGAGGUCAUGGACAUGCUGUUCGCCUUGGCUCGGUCCAGAGGGGUGGAGGACGCUCGAGACAAGAUGUUCAGUGGAGAGAAGAUCAACUUCACCGAGGGCCGUGCGGUUCUCCACGUUGCUCUGAGGAAUCGUUCCAACACUCCGAUCCUCGUGGAGGGAAAAGACGUGAUGCCGGACGUCAACAGAGUCCUGGACAAGAUGAAGGCUUUCUGCCAGAAAGUUCGCAGUGGAGACUGGAAAGGCUUCAGUGGAAAAAGCAUCACAGAUGUGGUGAACAUCGGCAUCGGAGGCUCUGACCUGGGUCCUCUCAUGGUGACUGAGGCUCUGAAGCCGUACUCUGCAGGAGGACCGAAUGUCUGGUUCGUCUCCAACAUCGACGGGACUCAUCUGGCUAAAACGCUGCAGCAGCUGAACCCCGAGACCACGCUGUUCAUCAUCGCCUCCAAGACCUUCACCACCCAGGAGACCAUCACAAACGCCGAGUCGGCCAGAGACUGGUUCCUGCAGACGGCAGCAGACAAAUCCACCGUGGCCAAACACUUCGUGGCUCUGUCCACCAACGCAGCUAAAGUGAAGGACUUUGGCAUCGACCCAGCCAACAUGUUCGAGUUCUGGGACUGGGUCGGCGGGCGCUACUCGUUGUGGUCGGCCAUCGGUCUGUCCAUCGCUCUGCACAUCGGGUUCGAGAACUUCGAGCAGCUUCUGUCUGGAGCCCACUGGAUGGAUAACCACUUCCGCAGCGCCCCUCUGGAGCGGAACGUGCCGGUCCUCCUGGCCCUGCUGGGGGUCUGGUACAUCAACCUGUGGGGGGCGGAGACCCAGGCCCUGCUGCCCUACGACCAGUACCUGCACCGCUUCGCCGCCUACUUCCAGCAGGGGGACAUGGAGUCCAACGGGAAGUACAUCACGGCCGACGGGUCCCGGGUGGACUACCACACCGGACCCAUCGUCUGGGGGGAACCGGGAACCAACGGCCAGCACGCCUUCUACCAGCUGAUCCACCAAGGAACUCGGAUGAUUCCUGCUGACUUCCUCAUCCCGGCUCAGUCUCAACAUCCAAUCAGAGACAACCUCCAUCACAAGAUCCUGAUGGCGAACUUCCUGGCCCAGACCGAGGCCCUGAUGAAGGGGAAGACCCCCGAGGAGGCGCAGGGGGAGCUGGAGGCGGCUGGCCUGAAGGGAGACCGGCUGCACAAGCUGCUGCCGCACAAGGUCUUCCAGGGAAACAAACCCAGCAACUCCAUCGUCUUCAAGAAGCUGAGCCCCUUCACUCUGGGAGCUCUGAUUGCCAUGUACGAACACAAGAUCUUCGUCCAGGGAGUGGUGUGGAACAUCAACAGCUACGACCAGUGGGGGGUGGAGCUGGGGAAGCAGCUGGCGAAGCGGAUCGAGCCGGAGCUGAAGGACGCCUCGGAGGUCGGUUCCCACGACUCGUCCACCAACGGACUGAUCAACUUCCUGAAGAAGAACUUCGCCUGAGCUGUGGCCCCGCCCCCCCGCCUCGCCCCGCUCCCAUUGGCGGAGUGGUUCUGGGACCCAGCAGCUUUAGUGUGAAGGAGUGUGUGUUGCUUUGUGGACGAACGUCCAGCGUCUCCGUGUCAACGUGCUCGUGACUGUAGGUGGUUCCUUCAAAAUAAAAGCUUUGUCACCCUGC